CUAGGAUCGUCGCAGAGUCGGAACCACCCCUUUCUCCCUCGGCCCGGGCCGGAGCUCGCCUCUGCGUUUCCCUCGCGUUUGGCGUUCCCCACUGGCCACGUAGCUCCUGGGCUGCGGUUCACCGCGCACCUACUACGCUGCGGGCGCACCGGCGGGGCGCCUGGAACCAUCGGGUCUUGUGUCAUUGUCUGUGCUUGGUAUUAAAUCAUGGGGAGGAAGCUGGACCUGUCUGGUCUGACCGAUGACGAAACGGAGCAUGUUCUCCAGGUGGUUCAGCGAGACUUCAAUCUUCGAAAAAAAGAGGAAGAACGGCUAAGUGAGAUGAAGCAGAAGCUGGCGGAGGAAGGCAGCAAGUGUAGCAUCCUCUCGAAGCACCAGAAGUUCGUGGAGCACUGCUGCAUGCGCUGCUGCUCACCCUUCACCUUCCUGGUCAACACCAAGCGCAGGUGUGCCGACUGCAAGUUCAAUGUCUGCAAGAGCUGCUGCUCCUACCAGAAGCGGGAGAAGGUGUGGAUCUGCUGUGUCUGCCAGCAAGCCAGGUGAGUGGCCAA